CGGGGUUUCCCCUAACAUUGCGUCAUCAAAUCAAAUAGGAUUCCGCGGGGGCAAUAUUUGCUUGUGAAAUUUGCUGGCUCACUGAAACAGACUGAUUACUCCCGAGAAUCAAGAUCGUUUUAGAAGCCUUCUCAGGUCAAAGUACAAGAAACGUACGUCAUGUCUGCUAUACCUAAUACAGAUUUGUUUGUGACGAUUUCAAUUCUUUACAUGUUUUCAGUACAAGUAGCGUUUAGUAGGAGCUGCAGGUGGAAUCAGUUGACUAUCUCGAGCACCAAUGGAGUUGAAUGUUUUCCCUGUCCCGAAUGUCCCGAUGGCCAAGGCAUGGUCCCACAGUGUGGAUCUCGUGUCACCACGAACGUCACAGUGGAGUGUGUAGAAUGUACACCUGGCAAAUCGUACUCGAAUAACCAUGAUAUCUCCUCGUGUAAGCCGUGCACUAUCUGCGACCCUAACGAAGAAACGAUUAGCCCUUGUACUGCCACGAAGAAUGCAGUUUGUGGAGAGUGCAAUGCUGGCUUCUAUCGAGCUAUAACCGGAGAUUGCAAACCUUGUAUGAGAUGUUGUGCUGACAGGAAAGACGAAGAUAUAGAGAAACAGUGCAGUGAUCAGUCCAACCUCCCAGCAAACCAGAUAUGUCGAUACGAUGUCAACACCAUCAAAUGCGCGUCUACUGUUUACAGAACAACUGCGUCUGCUGUGUUAGUAUCCACGGCUCCUGCAAUCACACAUGACAAGAUGGCCUACCGCUCUGAGGACAGAGGCAGUGCUAGUACUAUUUGGCUUAUAGCCGUUGUGGCUUGUGUUGCUUUUACUGUGUGUGUUUCCUUUGGAGUGAUGUUAUUUGUCUGCUACAGAAAGCAAUUUUUGUCACUGUAUUUGUGCUACACAAGAGCGCAUGCCGACGGAGACUUCGUGACUUCAACUCCAACUCAAGUUGUAUGUAAUCAGCCUUCAAGUCCUCCGAUUGUGACUGGGAAUGACUCUCCUAAAUUGCAAAUGGUAUGACCUCCGUAACUUUCAUAGCCAAGUGAACAGGUGGGAUAUCUACAGACACUACACCUGCAUGGCAUUGCGGCCCACGUAGCCUUUUUUGGUUAAUAUUCUGAUUAUAAAGAACUACUGACAUUUACCCAAGUCAACAUUAUUAACAAAGACGAUGCAGCCCAGAGGAUAAAUAAUGACCGGCUCCUGACGAAAAACCUGACUGAAACCCAUGGAUAAAAUGCUAACAUAUUUUAACUUAACGUUAUAUUUAACAAGAUAAGGAAAAUAAGUGAUUUGGAUUAGACCACAGUAUUAAUUCAUAUUUAUUUUCUAAUCUUAUGUUAGUUAUGUUAGUGAGCUAUUUGCAAAUGCGACGAAAUUUGGCACCGAGCUCCUCUUUAAGGUGUAAACAAGGAGGGCUCCCUCGAGAUCCUUUUUCACUCGUUAGGACUCAGAAUUACAUAAUUUAUAGUAGCCUUGAUAGCACAUGAGAUACAUUGUGGAUCAGAUAUGGAAUGCUACGAUCGGCGAAAAAAUUUUGGCCACAUCACCAGUGGGACCACAUUCAUAGUCUGGAAGAGCUCAUCAGUUACAUCCCUUAUAUCCCUCCAUCCCUCUUUCUCCAGUUUUUCAAUAUUGCACUUUGUUUCCUUUGAUUGUGCAACAUUGAAUUGAAGAAGAGGGUAUUAAAGAGAACUGUCGUUAAUUUAUCAUGUUACUUUUUAAAACUUCCUAAUAGGAGUAGCGUGAACGAUGCCAUUGAUAUUUGUCAAACAGUUUUGUCGCGGAUUGUUUUGCUUUAGUUAAAUGUAUAAGCAAGCCCUGAUUUACGGAAGUCGAUAAGGGAUCAGGUGCAAUCCCAAAAUGUUUUUGAAAUCCAAAAAAUUGUUUAAUCGUAGAAACAGGAUUUUU